GGCGAUCCCCGGGGAACUACUCGAUACGGAAUUGGUUAAUACAAUAAUGAACGAAGAUGAUGAUGAGUUGACGAAGAAUACGGAUACUUUAGAAAAUUUAGCUGAUACUAACCUAGCUGAUGAUUUAGCGGAUUCUUUAACUGGCGGAAGUAGUUCUAAAGAUACCAAAGAUGAAUUCAGUGAUAUUCUUGGACCUCAUUUCAAUUUUCCGAAUAUUAAUAGUAAAGACGUUGAAGACAUUUUUAAGGGUGUUUUAACUGAUGAAUCACAAGAAUCCCAAGAAAGUAGCGUUUUCUCAACAAAUUCCACCACCGUUUUUAAUCCAGCUACACCAGCUCCACAACAGCAAUCUCCAAUUAUUCCACAUCCAAUCCCAACCCCAGCAGUUCGCCCAUCAACUUUAUCUAAUAUUAACCAGAAUACUUUAAAUUCACCGAUGAGUUUUCCACCACAAUCACCAUAUCAUUCUGAAUAUAGCAAUAGUCCCCAAUUUAGUCCAGCAUUUUCCGAACCACCAAGUCCUUGGGUGUCUGUAAAUGAUGGCAUGGAUAUGGAUGGAGCGUUAGCCCCGUCUAAUAAUCAAAGAUCGUCGGAAAAAAUGAAAGCUGAUGAAGGUUUGGGGGGUGGAGCAACGAUUUCCGCAGUUUUAUACGCGAAUACAAACCACCCCGAAUGGAAAUCUGAAUAUCCCGCUUGGAGUGAUCGUUACAAACAAAUUAUAAAGAAAUGGCGUACAUUAACCAACGAGCAAAAAGCGCCGUUUUUACAACAGGCGAAGGAUAACAGGUCUGCUUUAAGAAUGAAGAAACAACAACAGGUAAAUUUGAUAAUUGU